AAAAAGGUGUAGCAAAAAGCCAUACUAAUUUAUUUCUAAUUGAUAUAGGCAAAUCAAAAAUUGAUAUUCAAAAACAGAUAUUAAUUUAUUUUUUAUUUACUUAUAUCAGUAUUUUAAGAGUUGAGUCCAUUCUCUUAAUGGCGUUGCCAGAUGUUGUGUGCUGUUUGGCGGUUUUGUUGCGAGUUUAAAAUUCAAAUAUGUCACUAAGUUCCGAGAUUAUUAUUUUAUCAACUAAACUUUAAAAAAAACUAUGGUUGCUUUGUAUUAUUAAUAUUGCAACUUUUAGAAUAAUGAUGACAUCAGGUUGCAUGCCAACUAAUAGACAAGUUGCGGUCAGUGGGUAAAGUUGAGGAAGUGGCACAACCAAAUGAUGCGCGAAAACUAAAAAGCGCGUGCAAUUGGCAGUCAGUCAUCUACUAUAUAAUACCCCAACUGACGAUCGACUUUUACGAGCGAUAUUAAAAUUUUAGAGUUCUUCAAAGCGCACAAAGCACUUGACUCAUGUUUGUUUGUAGACCUAGAACCACACACAUGCGCGCUGCAGCUACUUCCGUUUUUAGUCAGUUUUCUUUGUUUUGUUUUUGAGAUCAGCGGGCUGGUCAUCCGAGUCUUAGAAAAACAACAACAUAGUUUGUGGGUGUCACAAGCGCUCAAAGGCAAAGCAGAGCACGCGACGUUACGGCUGGUUGGUCGAGCCGGCGGUGUGGGGAGCUGUGUGUCCAGAUGUUGCGCACAAUUAUCAUAUCAGCAGCACAUCAUUUACAUUUAAGUGGAAAAACAGAUUGAGCCAAUCGGCUGCGGAGAGUGAGAGCCAAUCAGCGGCUAGCAGAAAAGUCGUUUUAAGAGGCAUCUUCAUGUGGUCGAGCGUUCAGUAUUAAUUAGAGUGUGCGCCCAGAAGGAACUCCAAUGAAGAACUGCAGCGCCAGCAACACGGAUCCGACCGCUUUCUACGUGAAUGACACAAAAGGUUGGCCCAACUACGACGGCUAUGCGGAGUAUGAUUACAAUUAUGAGCAGAGCAAUGCAUCCAGCUAUGAGGAUUGCGGGAAAAGGUUCUGGAACAAUGCUGCGCCAAAUGAUUACCACGCAUCCACAACGACUCCAACGCAGCCAAAUGCCACAGCACCCAUCGCUCAGCGCAAGGAACGCACUGCGUUUACGAAAGCCCAACUCAAGCAACUGGAGGCUGAAUUUUGCUACUCCAAUUAUUUAACCCGGCUGCGUCGCUACGAAAUUGCCGUCGCCCUGGAGCUGACCGAGCGCCAGGUGAAGGUUUGGUUUCAAAAUCGUCGCAUGAAAUGCAAGCGCAUCAAACUUGAAUUGUCCGAAUCCACAAAAGCACAUUAGCUUAAAUUUACAAAGAAAAAAAAUAAUCAUUUUUUAUACAACGUUUUGUUUACUUAACUAUUAUGG